AUGGACAUCAACUUUCCUCAUCCAACUCAAAUUUUCUCUCUUCGCGCUUGUCGCAACGACGAUGCCGUAGACCUCCUCGCUAUCGGCGGCGAACACUCCGUCGACGUCUUGCUCGUGUCCGACACACAGUGCUCUUGUAUCGCAUCCUUUCAUAUAGGUUCACGCGUCACUGCACUUGCAUGGUCAUCUGCCACUGUUUCUCCCACUUCCGGUGACGAUUGGCUUCUGGAGCUGGCCGCUGCUGGCGACGAUUAUGGCCUCCAUCUCUUGACGAAAUCACCGUCUGUUGAGGAGUACAUCUUUCCUUUUGGUGGUGGGCUCAGUGGUCACCAUGGCAGGGUCAACGACAUAACCUUUUGUGGUGGCUGGAGCGAGGACAGUGUGCGUUAUGUUGCUACAGUUUCUGAUGAUAAAAUGCUAAUGGUUUGGGAUCUUCGUCCGAACGUUGACAUUUCUUCUAGUGUUCCAACUAGAUCGGACAUGCAUGACAGUCCGUCUCCCUCCCCAAGACCACAGCCAACUGCAUAUGUCAUACCCUUUUCCCAUCCACUGACUACCAUCAGUUCCCAUCCAUCCACUAGCAAAGAGUUUCUUGUAUCUGAUUGCCGAGGCUCAAUCUUCUUGACGGACUGGCGUUCUGAUCCUGAAGAUAACAAACAAGCCAACCUGCGUCACUCGAGCCUUGUGGAAUUGGUAGAACCAUAUGCCUUAUCAGCUUCCUGUAUGGGCAACACUUCUCGUUGGUCUGCCUCCGCAGCCUGGCGCACCGACACCGUUGACAUAAUCGGGAGUGUUUAUGGACCAAAAUUCUCUAUCUGGGAUAUAUCCAGACUUAGGGGAGGAAAACCGCUCAUUACCGGUACGAGUUUUUUCGAGGGCGGACAACAUUUUCGCUGGUGUCACACAUAUCCUGAAUAUUUUGCAAUAUCGACUCAAUCACCAAGCAAAGGUGCCAUCAUUCAAGUCUAUAAUAUUAAUUUCAUUCAAGCGCAACCAACGGUUUUCAAUCUUCGGCCACGGCCCCAUUUUUUGCGAGACUUUGAUUUUCUUGCUAUGCGCGGUAUCCCACGCAUUGCAGCGGCGGUAGGUCAGACCGUCAUGAUAUUUCCUAUCGGUAUAGAUUCUUGAGAAGAAAAGUGCAUCAUCUUUGAUCUACAUUGAGCAGUGGCUACAAUUGCAUACAUUCUUUUGUUAUACGUAUCGGCUAUAAACUAAGCAUGAAUGAUGG